CUUCGUGACCCACGUACUGUCAAACAUUAAUUUCUGCUAAAAGCUUAAGAGCAGAUCAGGUUUCAAGAUUUGGGUGCCAUUGAAACUAUCGUUUUUCUCCUGAAAUGGGAAAGAAGAAGAUGAUGAAGAAGUUCCCUUUUCUGUCCAAAACCUCGGAGAGAUGGCGGCCAUGGCCAAGCUGCGCCAUGUCUGGUGAUUUAAAAACCCAUUCUUUUCGAGGAGAUGGAGAUGGAAUCUUCAAGAUUCUCAACUCCGCUUAUAACCUAGAUUCCACCGGAGAUUCUUCUUCGGUGUUUAGUGGGAAAGUUGAAGCGUGUUCCUCAACGGCGUCGUAUGAGCAGUUGGGCAGUGACAGCGUAGAGAAAGUGAUCCGAGGGUUGAGAUCGGAGAGGCUGGUUUUCACGCCGGAAGAAACGAGCUCCAUCGCCGGAGGGGAGAAGUUUCCGUUCAAGGAAAGUGUGGCGAUGGAGAUGGAUUCGACGGACCCGAUUACGGAUUUCAAGAGAUCAAUGGAGGAGAUGGUGGAAGCCCACGAUGGGUUGAAAGAUUGGGAGUUUCUAGAAGGGCUUUUGAUUUGCUAUUUGAGAAUCAACGGGAAGAGCACUCAUGGGUAUAUCGUCGGAGCCUUUGUUGACUUGCUGGUCGGACUGUCCAUCGACGCCGCCGCCGCCACUGACGAUGAGACCGCCGCCGCCGUUGCUUCUUCAUCCUCUAGCGAUGAACAUUGUUUGCUGUCUUCUUCAUCGACUAUUGACCAUAAUUCAUUCACUUCUCAAUUCUCUUUUACUUCCUCUGCCACUUGUUCAACUGGCCCUUAUUUCUCUCUGCAAGAAAAAUCUCAUGAAGAUGAGAUAAUGGAGAAGUCUUCCAUGGACCAUGCCUCUUCUUCUUCCCCUUCUUCAUCACAUGAAACAUAAAUGUUGUGAGAUGAUGAAUGAUCACAGCGCUAGCUCAG